CAUAAGGCAGCUUGUAGCAAGAGAGAUAGCUCUGAGGUUUGUGUGAUGCUCAUAGCAAAGGGAGCUCAAUUGAAUGCUAUAGAUGGCAAUGGAGACACAUCUCUACAGGUUGCAUGUCAGAAAGGAAAUAUGAAAUCAGCUGAUGUGUUAGUUGAAAAGGAUGCUGAUUGCAAUGUAUUGAAUGUGUGUGGUGAGACAUUACUGCACUUGGCUUGUAAGAGUCGUGUUGAAUGUGUUGAGUUGUGUGAUAAGUUGAUAUCACAUGGAGUGAAUCCUCAUAUAGCUGACAGAGAAGGAAACUUACCUUUACAUGUUGCUUUGAAGAACAGACUUGCUAAGACAUUUUGCUGGCUGUUUGAACAUUUAGGUAGGCCCUUGUUAGAUGACUUAGAAAAGGUGAAUAUUGGUAAAGAAGAUCUUGUAGCCUAUUUAGAUUAUGCCAAUGAAGCAGGUGACACUCGUGCGUGUCAUCAGUUUUUAGAACUAAUUGCAAAGUCUGAUAUUUCAAAUAAACUUAGUUUGAGUGCAUUAAAAUGCUGUUCCAGGGCAGGCUAUUCACUUCUUCACACAGCAGUUCAAAAGCAGGACUUUACUUUGUGUCAGUAUUUGAUUGACCAUGGAGCAUCUGUAAAUGCUGAUGUACCUCACGAAUACCAGGGUCCUACUCUUAAGGAAACUCCUUUAGAUCUGGCAGUAAAGCUUGGAGAUGUUAAUUUAUGUGGUUUGCUGAUAGAACACGGUGCUAUUAUUGACCCCGAGAUAAAAGGCAGGAAAGGUCCAUUGCAUUUAGCUAUUGUUAAGGAGCAGAAAGAUGUAACAAGACUUCUUCUGUCUCAUGGCGCUGAUUUGAGUAAAGUUGAAAUUAGUGGAGAAUCUGCAUUGAAGAGAUCAGAAACACGAGGAAAUGUCAAUCUGGCAUCAAUAAUUCAGGCUACUGAAACAUUUCCUGAAGAGAUUGUGUCUCAAGGAGAGACAGCAUUGCGUGUCUAUCUGUCAAGUUGUGAUGAGGGAUCAGCAGUGAAUGUGUUUUUACGUGUUGAUGUUGUCGGUCGUGAUGGUGCCGGUAAGACGAGCUUAACAAAAUCUCUCACUCUGCAGAAGUUCAAUCGUGAUGAGCCGAGCACAAGAGGAGUGGUGUUUGAUCCAAAGUGUCAGAUUAUUGUGAAGGAAGCAUGUGACUGGACCAACCCUCUCACAAGUGCUGACUACACAGAAAUAUAUGAGAAGAAUGUUGUGAUCAAUAUGGCAGAUACACUCGACACACCACAAGUGAAAGAUCAAUAUUUCAAGUCAAAAGAAAAUGAACAACCAAGAAAACAGGAAGACCUUGACAUGACCAGGAAAUCAGUAAAGCAGGAUUUACAUGUGCAGGCUGUUCCUGUUGAUUCUUCUCAUGGCAUUAAGCCUUUCCUGCCUUAUGUAACACGUAGUGGUUCUUCUCAGGAGUUGCCCAGUUCUUCCCAGAAAGCAACAAUUUCAGCAGUCUCUGCACAUUCAGUUGCAUCAAAUUUUUCGUCCUCAUUGCAAAUGCCAUCAAAUUUGUUAGCACUUGAAGACUCUAGAUCUUUGUCUCACAUCCCAGUCACAGAUGCAAACCCAUCAGGUGGUACAGCCACACUUGUUGCUACAGCGUGUUCAUUAUCAGAUCAGAUUGCAGCAGAUUUUACAAAUGUGGAUACUUUAGUUGGUGAUGAAAAGGACAGUAUUAUAGCCAGCAGUUUCUCAUCUGAUUUACACAGCAGUCAACAAAGUAAAGCAGUAAACCAUCAGAGAAGCAAUACAACCGCAAGAUUUCAGUUGGCUGGAACAAAUGCUAAACAGGUGACAUCUAGUUGUGACAGUCAACAGCAACAACAAAAGCAACAGCAGAAGAAAAGCCGGAAGAAGAAAAGCCGGAAGAAGAAGAGCAAAAAGUCAAGCAAAGAUUCUGUAUUCUUUGACUCAGGCACCACUGAUUAUUGUGCUGGUUUAGUCCAUAAAGCUACAUUGCCAAACAAGAAGACACAAUCGAUUGUAGCAAGUACUGAUUUCGGAUUGUCUAACCACCAAAACAAACAAACAGCAACAACAUUGCCUCACAAUGUUGAUGCUCCUUCUACUGAGAACACAACUACUCUACCUCAACACAUUCAAGAAAGGGUUUCUAAGAGUUUAAGAGACCCAAAGUCUCGUCAGAAGACUAAGAAAGAAAUCAUGCUUACCGUGUUGGACUAUGCUGGUCAGAAUGUGUUCUAUGUCACACAUCAUUUGGUCAUGUCAAAAGCUGGUUUUAUGUACAUUGUGUUUAAUGCUUCUCUACCAAUGGACGACAAGACUCCAUGUCAGUUUCGCUCUGAAGAUGGAACAAUUAUCCACAUUCCUUUGUUUGAUAACGAAACAAACUUUGAUCGAUUGGAAGAGUGGGUAUCAGGUGUUCAUAUCAUGGAAGGUGAUCAGUCACGUCGUAUCAUGAUAUUUGAGAAAGUAGGAAUCAGAUCACCUGCCAUGUUUCUAGUAGGAACGCAUGCUGAUGAGCUAAAGGAGCAACCAGGGAUGAUGGAGAAACAGGAUGCAUUCAUAAGGAAGAAACUGGAGGGCACAGUGCUGGCAGAGCAUAUCAUAUGGGCAUCUAAAGAUGUAAUGUGUUUCUAUGUGGAUAACACAGUGACAGAUCCAGACAGUGGAGUCGUAGAUCCACAGGUGAAAUUACUUCGUCAGAAGACAGAGGAGGUGGCUCACAAGGUGGCUCAACAUCACAGAUUGCCCAUCAAAUGGCUCAAGUAUGAGCAGAAGGUACGAGAAGUGAAAGUCUCUUAUCCACUAAAGAAGACGACAACUGUUGAUGAAUUACUGCAGCUUGCCAUGAAUGCUGCUGGAAUCAAAAGUCGAGAGGAGGUGUUGGUGUUGCUGCAGUAUUUGAGUAGUCGUGCAGUGUUGAUGUAUCAUCCCAAGGCAUUGAAGAGUGGAGAUGAUGAAGAAGUCGUGUUAGAUGUGGAAUGGUUUGUAUCACAGCUGCAGAAAGUGAUCACGAUAUACAUGGAAGGUGAUGUUCCUCCCAUGUUAUGGAAUGAUGUAAAACGCAGCAAAGAGAAAGGCAUCAUGACAAUGUCUCUUGUGAGACAUCUUUUAUCAGAUGCCGGUUCUACUCAACGUCUCAUUGUGUCACUGAUGAGGCACUAUGAUUUGCUGUGUGAGUAUUCUGUUAUUGAAGAGAAAAAUAUGGAAGAAGCAAAUUGUCAAGAUUUCCUUAGUUUUGAUGUAGAAAGCAAAGGUCCAUUGCAUAGUGAGGAAGAACAGAAUGUGAUUGAGAGAGACGCUUGCUUCAUUCCUUGCCUCCUGGAGCAUGCAGUUGGUCUUGAAUCAGAUAAGAUGAAUGAUGAGCUGAAGUCAUUGCCUCUCAUCUUGUCAUCUGCUCCCAUUCGCAUUCCUCAGCCAUUAUUCUACAGAAUACUGACUCUUCUGUGUAAACGUUUUCGUCGCUUGGCAGUUAUUUAUCGCAAUGUGGGCUACUUCCACAUCUAUCCUGGUCAUCGACUGGAGUUUGCUCUUAACAGAUACAACUUUCAAAUGACUGUGUUGUCACAUACAGCACUCAAUGCCAAGGUGUGUGCUGCUAUUCGUGAGUGGAUUGUGGAUGCUGUCAACAAGGCGAAACAGCAAGGAAUGGCAGGUCUGAAGUUGCAUCUGGGAUUUAUGUAUGAAGCAUCGAUUUCAGAAUCACAAAAUUGUACAGUUGAGUUUAUCUCUUUGGAUGGAUAUCAACAUACUCGUUUUGAGCUCUACAGCAGUGUGACAAAAGAUGAAAUUCAACCUCCUGACAGACUUUCUCUUUGGUAUCCACAACUUGAGUUUUCAGACACUGAAAUGAUGUCAACAGUAUGUGGCACUUCUCAGCCAUUACAGCAUAAAUCUAUCAGCUAUAUGACACCAGUCAAGUCCCUCAUUGAUGAACCAUCUGCAACCUGUUUGUUGGCAGUGUCUAAACUUCUAGAUGAAGAUGAUGAUCUAGGCGAUGACUGGAGGAGGUUAUGGUCUGAGCUGUUAAACAGACCUCUUAAUGAAGACGUGGUGAGCAAGAAGUGUGUGAGCCCCACUCUUUAUGUGCUAAAGCGAUGGUGCAGGAUGGUAAUUCCUAACGAAGCUACAAUAGGACGACUGAUAAAGGCUCUUAGUGCAAUAUACAGAAAUGAUGUUGCUUGUGUGCUAGAAGAAUACUGCCAGAGCUCAGACACAUGUACUACAAUGCUGAGAUCACCUGCAGCCACAGAUGUGACACCUGAGGAGUUAAAUCAUCUUGCUGACAUGAUAGAAGGAUCUUGGCAACAGUUUGCUUCAGUUCUUGCACCCAACCUGUUUAAAGUCACAGGAAAAAUUGCUGCCAUAAAACAAGAUUAUCCUACUUCUGCACUCCAAGCUAAAGCUAUGUUGGAAAUUUGGUGUGACCAACUUGGUGCUAAAGCCCAGCGACACUUACUUAUUGGUGCAUUAAUUCAACGAGGACUAAGAUCUCAGGCAGAGGAUGUGUUUGGAGUAGAAGUUGUGAAGGAGAUGUUGAAAGGUACAAGAACAAGUGGCAAGACAGACUGCUGAGACUAGACAAGAGCAUCUGCAUCCACUCAGUGACGAGACAACAUAGGAUCUGUUGUUCAUAGCUUGACAUAUGACGGGCUUCAUUCAAGUCUUGAUACCAAGAAUUCAAGUCUUGAACAGCAAGAUUCUAUAGCUCUAAUGAAUUAAGAUAAAAACGACUGUCGUACGUGUCAAUAUUAUAAACUGUAGUACAGUGUACAUAUGUGGUGAUGAACGUAUGGUAAAUGCAAGUAGAAAUAUUGCAGUUAAUGUUUGAGUGGCACAUGUUGUAUUGCCAAUCAGUAUGUCUAAUACAACAGAAUGCAGUUUAGAAUACUGUCCAUCUACUGACAUAUGAAGUAGCAGGCCAUCUGUCCGUGUUGGGUUUACAUGGAGGUCUCGGAUGACCACACAGGAUGUACAU